AAAACAAAAUACUCUUUAGUACCUAUAAACAUCGAAUAUGACGGAAAGACUUAAACCACAAAAUGAAGUGAGGGCAGUACCAACUUAAAAAAUCGAUUCCGUCGAUCUGUUGUUUUCCCUGGUCCAUUUCGUCUGCUAGAAUCUUUUCGCGGGUUUGCAAGCUACCAGUCAGCUGUGAUGAGUAAACUAAAAGACACGGGAGUUCUCCUAAGAGAGGAUUUCGAUGCUGGACCAACCAAUUUGGAUGAAAUUGAGCCUGGCCUUUGGUUGGGAAACCUGACAGCAGCCACUGACAAGGAAACGUUGCAGGCUCAUGGGAUCUCACAUAUACUUACUGUUGAUUCUUGCUCAUUACCAAAUAAUAUCACGGAACAACCUGGCAUGGUCACAAAGUUUAUCAAAGUUACAGACACAUCUCAAGAGGACUUACUCAGCAUUCUUGACAGUGCAGUUUCUUUUAUCAUCUCAUCUCUUGAGAAUGGAGUUCUUCUUGUGCAUUGCUAUUUUGGAGUAUCUCGGAGUGCGGCUGUUGUUAUAGCAUACCUCAUGCAAAAAUACAAAAUUUCAUUCGAAUCUGCUUUUGAAAAAGCCAAAGAAAAGAGACGAUUUGUGGGGCCCAAUUCAGGGUUUCAAUCUCAGUUGAAACUUUACCACACCAUGGGCUGGAAGAUAGAUCCCACCAACCCACAGUACAAACUCUUCCGUCUUCAUUGUGCAGCCUACCAUGUUAGCAAAGCAAGGAUCCUACCAACUGCAUUCUUGGACUUGGUGCAACCAGAUCCAGCUUUGAUCAGAGCUCAGCCAGAGCCUUUAGUGUAUCGCUGCCGUAAAUGCAGGAGAAUUGUAGCAUCUGCUUCAAAUAUGCUCCCACACAUUCCCAAGGAGAGCCCAAAAUGGACCGACCCUCGUCUGACUGAACUCAUGCAGUGCGCAGGAAAAGGUGGCAUUAAAACACCCCAACCACCAGAUACUGCUGGGGACAAUAGUGUUUCUGUUCCACCAGCAUGUCAGGAGACUUACUUUGUGGAGCCUCUAGGGUGGAUGACUGAAGUCACACACCAGCAGCAAGGCAAAUUGAAUUGCCCCAAGUGUGUCACUAAACUGGGAUCGUUUAGUUGGAUCAUGGGAUGCCAAUGUCCGUGUGGUGCCAAAGUGUCACCAGCAUUUUAUUUAGUCCCCUCAAAGGUUGAGUGGAGUAACUUUGUGCAGAAUGUUCAGGUUACAGUUUGAAUAACUUUGCAUAGUUAUCAUUUUAUUGGGUCUUUUCUUUAAUCUUGUAUUCCACAGUUUCCUAAUUUAUUUCAUGCCUUAAUUAAUUGAGAGAAAUGUGGUUAUAAUUUUGUGAUUUGUCAUUUGGUCUCAAAACCUUUUAUAUCAGACUGUUACUUUUACUUUGCUUCCAUAAUUUUGCCAUCCAUUUUUGUGUAUGUCUCUCUGUGAUUCCUGUGCCAAUGUGUUCUUCUUGUUUGUUGUAUAUUGUGUUAUGAUACCGCAUUCUAUAUCAAAUCAGAUGGUCCUGAGAAAUCAUCAUGAACACCUGGUUCCAUUCUUAUAUAGAAAUGUUUAUGGGUCCAUUUGGACAGGCUUGCGAGGCUGAAGCACAAAGAAAGAUAUUCCAUACACUUUGCUUUCUGCUGCUAAUGAAAGUCUUAUCAUUACCUCUUUUUGAGUACAAUCAUUUGAAAGCCUUAGAAAUUUUCUGUAGUGGUGCUAAUUGUUUACAGAAAGUGUAGUGCAGUGGUUGUUACCAUAGAAUUCAGAUAGCAUGGAUAAUAUACCGUAUUUGUAGCUAUGAAUCACAUUGUUAAUGACGAUGUUUAACUUUACCUCAUAUUGUAUUGAUUCCAUUAACUGUGAUGCACAGUAUUUAAAUAAUAUAUUGUUAGAAAUUUUUCUGAAUUGUGGUAAGUUAAAAUUCUAUUUGAUUGUGGCGGAUGAAAUUUUUCUGUGUGUAUGUGUGCCUUGUUUUGGCUCCAUCUGGAAUUGUGUAGGAAGACAAUAUAAUGAAAAUUCUAAACCUGUUGACUGUUACAUUGCUUUGAUUUUACUCGUGUGUCUAAAAGAGAGCUUUACAAAAGCUGUUCCAGACUGUGUUUCUCAUUAUUGUAUUACAAAUGUGAUAUUUAAUAAAAGUGUUACUGAAUUUUUAAAAAUAUAUGUCAGUUUUCAAAGUGCUAACUUAUAAGGUAGGUUUUUGAAUGUGUUAUAAAUUUUUACCCAUUUGAUAUGUAUUUGUGAUCUCGUCCUCCUGUAUGAAUUAAUUAGAUAUCUCAGAUAUUCCAGUCUCUGGUGAUUAAAGUUUUGCUUUUUAAGGUGCUGAAUCCUUCUGGAUCAUUGUAGAUUUUUUAAUUUAAAAUUUUUGCACCUUAUUGUUUGUUUAAUUGAUGUGCUUUACAUAAUAACCACCCUUAAAGAUGAAAAUAUACUUUUGAAACGAUUGUGCCUUUCAGUCCAAUUUAUGUACCUCACUUUACCGGUUCUAGUCAUCAAAAAAUAAAUAUUAUUGUGAAUAGAUUUUAAAGGACGAAGAUGCAAUUAAAGACUUUAGCCAUGAAUCCCGAACUACUGACAGAUGUUAUUUGUGUAUUUCAUUCCAGAGUCACGCCAUUGUUGAUAGUUGUGCUAGAAAAUGAGACUUUUAUUCAUUAGGCUUGUAACAGUGAUUUAUAAGGGCCUUAUCUCACAAGUGUAUGGUUCAUAUAUGAUGUUGUUUUGUCCCUUGUUACAAUUUUAAUCACAUUCCAUACCAGAUAUGAUGUUAAAUCUUGUUAAUCUUAUGGUCUUGUCACUGCCAUUUUUCAACUGCAUCUACAUAAAAAUAAAUGUACCCAUGGAAAA